UCUUUUCGCUUCGGGUUCUGGCCAAAGUCCGGAGACCCUUGCCUAUGCGACGCCAACUUCGAAUGUGGGCCAGACUUCACACAUCACCAGACAACGCAGUGACCAAAGCUCCAUUUUCCCGCAGCAGCAAGGCGCGCCUGAUUAGGCAGAGAUAAGUACAUAGCAGGACUCAUCUCCCAAUACAAGUCUGAAACGGCCACUUUUCGCACUUACUGUUUCUACACCUUCGACUCCAGCUCCAAGCACUGCCUCCACAGCUUUCAGACACACACAAUGUGCACCCUCCAGAAAUUCGUGCCAGCCGCGGCUAUCAUUGGUCUUUCGAGCGCGUCAUUCCUGACAGCAUACAUCACCUCGUUCACAGUCCUGGCCAUUCCCGUAGUCGAGACAGGAGCAUCAAAAGACAACGCCAAAUUCGCAGCGAAGCAAUGGCAGAAAGCAUUUGAUCUCGGAAAGUCAUUCGCGCCACCAUUUGCCAUUACCUGUGCGGCAUGCUUCGGCUUUCUUGCAGUCCAGACCCGAGGUAUCGUAGGCCGAUAUCCAGUCUCUCCUUCAGUGCUCUAUGCAACAGCAGCAGUGCUCGCUCCAUCUAUCGUGCCUUUCACGAUAGCAGUCAUGGGCCCAACAACUCUCGAUCCUCUGGUCGCCAAGGCAGACGGUAGUCCCAACGCUCCCGGUGACCAAGAGACACUCGACCUCAUCAAGAAGUGGAGUGGGCAGAAUGCCGUACGGGCUGGACUGAUCGGCUCGGCGGCUGUAAUGAGUGCUUUUGCGAUUCUUGCACAGGUAGCGUAGCUGCUCUGCAUCUCGCCAAUUAGAAGAAUAUGCUGAGCAGUGCGCUCAGACCACUAAGGGACCUGCUGGACUGUCGAAGCUGGGACAGACAGCAACUCGGGCUGCGCAGCAAGCGAGGCCAGUCAGUGCUGCUGGAGCGCAGAUCAAGGCAACGAGAAACAUAAAUACCAAGGCGAAGCGAUGACUAUGUCGGCGUACAGGACGCGGAUCAAUUGCUUGACAUCGGGUAUUGUCGGCGAGUGGUGAGAAUUUCAUGCAGUCUAUGAUACCACAAAUUUCCAACGAAACGCAGCAUAUAAUUUUUUUUUGGCAUGCGUACAUGUACCUUGUGGCCAUGAAGGGAAG